UCUUUCAGAAGGACACACAGUCCAUUAAAAAUAUAGCAAAAGAAAUGAAUAAUUGUACUCGGGACAUAUAACAGACACAUAACAGACAACGUCAAAAGAACCACCUUAUAUCAAAUAGCUGACUGGAAGUGAGGCUGGGAGAAUGGAAAUACACCACAGCAGCAGGCAAGUUUUGUCUCCUUUAUUAUAUCUUUGCAUGUCUGUAGCAAUGUGUGAGUCUUUCCGCUAUUCAGUGCCAGAGGAAAAGAAAAACGGAUUUCUGGUGGCAAAUGUGCUAAAAGAUUUGAGCGUGGAUGCAAAGGAGCUGUCUGCUCGGAGAGCCCACCUAGUUUCUAAGAGCUCCAAGCAGUAUUUUCAGCUGGAUCCUCAUUCUGGGGAUGUGAUAAUAAAGGAUAGAAUAGAUCGAGAGUCCCUGUGUGGUCAGAAUGAACCUUGUGUUCUACUCUCUGAAAUUGUGCUGGAAGAUCCAUUACAGCUACACAGAAUUGAAAUUCAGAUAGAGGAUGUGAAUGAUAAUUCCCCAAAAUUCUCUAAAAAUCAAUUCCAUCUUGAAAUACCUGAGCAGACUCCUGUGGAUAUCAGAUUUCCUUUGGAAAGAGCAGAAGAUACAGACAAAGGAGAAAAUGCUGUUCAGAACUACACCCUUAGUCCUAAUGAACAUUUUAGGCUGGAUGUGCAAAGUCACAGCGAUGGCAGCAAAUACGCAGAACUGGUGUUAGAGAAACCGCUGGACCGUGAGGUGAAUCCACAGAUUUCCCUUAUUCUGUCUGCUGUUGAUGGAGGGAUCCCAAAAAGAACUGGGACAGCACAAAUUAUUAUUGAUGUUCUGGAUAACAAUGAUAAUCUUCCUCAAUUUGAACAAUCUGUGUACAAAGUGAGACUAAUGGAAAACAGCCCAUUGGAUACACCGGUUGUAAAAGUGGAAGCCACUGACAGGGAUAUUGGUGCUAAUGCUCGCAUCACUUACUAUUUCAGCCAAGUGUCAGAAAAUGUGUUGAGAAUCUUCAAGUUAAAUAAACACACCGGGGAACUUACAACUGCAGCAACAAUUGAUUAUGAAGAAAGCACAAAUUAUGAGAUGAAAAUAAGAGCCACAGAUGGAGGGGGACUUUCUGCUUACUGUAAAGUCUUUGUAGAGAUUGAGGAUGAGAACGACAAUGCUCCAGAGAUUACCAUCACAUCCAUCAAAAGUCUCUUACCUGAGGAUUCUCCCCCAGACACAGUGGUGGCCCUCUUUAGUGUCACAGACGUGGACUCUGGAGAAAGUGGCAGAACUGCCUGCACCACUGAAGUAAACCUGCCAUUUGUACUCAAACCCACAGAGAACAACUAUUACCAGCUGGUGACCCAACAGCCACUGGACAGAGAAAAAGUCAGUGAAUAUAACAUUACUAUCACAGCCACGGACAGAGGCUCCCCCAGACUCACUUCCACAAGAAUACUUCAUGUUCAAAUCUCAGAUGUCAAUGACAACCCUCCAGUGUUUGAAAAGCCAUUCCAUGAAAUGCAGUUAAGAGAAAACAAUAUUCCUGGUCUUCUGAUCGGUUUCAUCCAUGCUGUUGAUCUGGACACAGCGCAGAAUGCCAAAGUGACCUACUCGCUUUUGCCUGGGAAGGUCAAUGAUGGCCCCACAUCCUCUUACAUCUCCAUCAACUCUGAAACGGGGAACCUGUAUGCCAUUCGGUCUCUGGAUUAUGAGGAGGUAAGAGAUUUCCAUGUGACGGUGAGGGCUGUGGAUUCAGGCUCCCCUCCACUGAGCUCAGAGGUUAUGAUCCGUGUUCAGGUUGUGGAUGAAAAUGACAAUGCCCCCUUCAUCCUCUACCCUCUCCAGAAUGGCACUUCCCCCUCGAAUGACCUGGUUCCCCGAGGGGCAGAGACUGGCUACCUGGUCACCAAGGUGGUGGCUGUGGACAGGGAUUCUGCUCAGAACUCUUGGCUUUCCUAUCAGCUGCUGAAGGCCACAGAACCGGGUCUGUUCACGGUGGGGGCCCAGAAUGGAGAAGUGACCACCCUGAGGCCAGUCAGUAACCGAGACAGCUUCAAGCAGAAUCUGGUUGUGGUCGUUCGAGACAAUGGACAUCCUCCCCAGUCCACCUCUGCCACGCUCAGAAUCCUUCUAGUGGACGGCUUCUCUGACCCUUAUCUGAAAAGUGUGGCUCUCCCAAAGGAGGAAACUGUGGAGGAGGAAGACCCCAACCUGACUAUGUAUUUGAUCAUCUGCUUGGCUGCCAUCUCAAGUAUUUUUCUCAUUUCUGUAGUGGCGUUUAUUGUAAUCAAGUUGCAGAAACGUGAAAAGUUCAUAACAACCUACAACUCUGCAGCCAAUUUCCCUGUGGGACCAGAUUCCCAGGAGAUCUCUGCGGAUCCUGGUGCUGGAUCUCUAUCCCAGGCUUACAACUAUGAGGUGUGCUUAGCUGGUGGGUCUCUGAACAGCGAGUUCCGGUUUCUCAGGCCCCUAUUUCCUGUUUUCUCUGUGGAGCCUCCUAACACUCAGCUGAAUCCGAGGAAUUCAAAUAAUUCUCAAGAUCUCCCCAGUCAAGUAGAGGAAUGUAAAGAUAAUAUCCAGGUAAGAAAAGUGCUUUAAUACUUUUCAUAUAGUUAUGUUCAGUUUAUCUAUUAUUUGUUCUCAACAAGUCUCUGAUUUCUAAGCCUGAAUGCAAUGAAUUCUGAGAAGUCUGGAAAUGAUCAGUGGCUUGUCCAUGGAAUACAGUCACUCUCCUUUUAAGUAUAAUAGAAAAGGACACCGGAGAAAACAACAGAAGCAUUUAGUCUGAGGAGAUACAGCUUCCUUUUUAUUAAAAGUCACUAUUGAUGGAUGAAUAAUUCAAUUUUAGUUGUUCUCAGUUUCUCAUUGUUUCAAUUUUAAGUUCAGGUCACCAUAUUUCCACAAUUUGGGGGGGGGGGCAGAGAGUUAAGACCAGACCUCACAAAAAUUCAGCAACAUUUUAGUGACAUUUCUCCUAAUAUACAUACAUUUUGCGUAUUUUCCAGGUUUUUUUUGCAAGCAAUUUCCCCUAAUAUAAUGUCUUUUUGUAUGUUAU